CGAACAAUUAGACGUCGUAUGAGUGACUUUGGGCUGUCCACAGGGCAAACCUACACGGACAUCACAGAUACUAAUUUAAGGAGCAUAAUAUCCGGCUAUCUGGCCACUACUCCAAAUUCUGGCUACAGAAUUGUGUAUGGAUUUUUACGCAGCUCAGGAAUCAGGGUUUCACAGUUAAGGGUUAGGGAGACCCUUAGAGCUUUGGAUCCAAUUGGCAGUGCUAUUCGUGGCCUUCAGGUGUUGCCGUAUUCUGUGUCCUCUCCUUCACCGCUCUGGCACAUCGAUGGCAAUCACAAACUUAUGGAGAAUUAUUAUUCACGGAGGCAUCGAUGGAUACAGUAGGAAGAUCAUGUAUAUGCAAGCCAAUACAGACAACAAAGCCACAACUGUCUUCCAGUGUUUUAUGACUGCAGUCAACACUUUUGGAUUGCCACUGCGUGUACGAAGUGACAAAGGUGGAGAAAAUGUAGAUGUUGCUCGUUAUAUGUUACAACACCCAUUGAGGGGACCAGACAGAAGAAGUAUGAUCACAGGCAGAAGUGUUCAUAAUCAACGAAUUGAGCGGCUGUGGCGUGACCUAUGGUUCUCUGUCUUGAGCAACUAUUACACUGCUUUCCGCCAUCUGGAGGACUCUGGACACCUGGACCCAGACAAUGAUCUCCACCUUCUUUGUCUUCAAUUUGUGAUGAUCCCAAGGAUCAAUGCCCAUCUUGAGAUUUUCCGGCAUGCAUGGGAUCGACAUGGACUUUCAUCUGAAGGAGGCCGUUCUCCAGAUAAGUUGUGGAUUGCUGGACAGCUGUCACAAUUUCCAACAUUGUGUGACCAGGUGGAUGGAUCUUGGGGUGUUGAUUGGGAUGGACCAGUAGCCACUGAAAACAUUGUGGAAUCAACAGUGACUGUCCCAGAGCCUCCAGUUGCCCUGAGGGACAUUGUUGUGUCCAGACUAAGUGAUAGCAUUGACCCUUUCAUGCAUAGCAAUUCCUUUGGCAUAGAAAUAUACAAGGACGCUGUGAACUUUGCCUCCAAUGUUUUGGGCCUGUAAUACAAGCUACAUCUGGUCACUCACAGAAGUCAAUGCUUAACCAUUUUAUUUACAUAUUUAUUUAUUUAUUUGUUUAUUUUCCACAAAAAAAAAAAUUCAAGCACAUUUUCAAAUCUAUCAAAGUGGCAUGUCAGUAGUUUUGAGCCUAUUCAGUUAUCAUAGCAUUUUGGCGGAAGGACUUCGAAGGAUUUCCUGAAAGAGACACUUCCCCAGCAUUUUGGACUUUGAUAUUUGCAUGCUUCCUUAUAGCAAGUGGUAUUUUAUGAUCUUAACAAAGGAAGUGAUAUUUAGCAACGAAUCCAAGUAUGAGCCAUCUUUGAUAAUUGGUAGAUUAACGAGUUAUCGUUACGUUAUGUGAAAAUGUAUUUCCCCGCCCCCCACCCCCCAUAAAGUAGUCCAUGUGGCUGAGGGACGACAGACUCAGUAAUUGUUUUGACAUUUAAUUACAUGAAAACAGCCAUAUUCUUGAUUUGUUUAAUCUCCUCUAAACCAUUAUUUUUUCGAAUACAUCUUCAAAUCUACCAAAGUGGCAUGUCUGUAGUUUUGUUGAUCGGUUAAUAUUCGCUGGCGGAAGGAUUUCAUUGGCAGUGCAAUUUAACCAAGGUGCCUAGCAGUGCCGGAUUCUUUUUGGAUUUGGAUGGUCAUGGUGAAGGUCAGAAAAAACGAGUAACGCUAACACGUGGAUUAUGCAGAACAUUGGACAACUAUCUGAAAAUGAUCGCCUUCGGGCCGCAGCCUACUUGCAAACGGCCUCUCACCUCCUUAGAGAGCCAAAUAGUGAUACAGCACGUAGUGCCACAUGUAUUCCCUACCACCCAUCAGUUCAGUCUUUGCGGCCAAACCCUUUAAUCCCUCACAUUGCCUCUAACACGCAUAACUCAUCCUCUCAAGAACAAAUGCCUGUAGAAACCUAUAUCCCCCCACACACGAACACACACAAAUGCACCCCCACACCGUGCCCUAGCCCACAGCAGACCUACAUCCCCACACACUCCAGCACAUUGUCCUUUCAGGGAGGAAGUAUAACUGCCUUGUCACAGCAGGGAAAUAGGCACUCCUUUCUCCCCAAAGCACCCAGCAGCAUUCAGUCCACUUUGAGGACUCUUUUUCAGCCCUAUAAUGCUGCAGGACAAAGUGGAAGGAUGCAUAGACAUAUGCAGGUGUUUUGUUGUGUGCAUGAGCCUCUGUGCACUUUGGCACCAUCACAGGCAAAAAAAGAAAUGUUAACUUUAGCAGGCCUUGGUCAUCGUAGACUAGAACUCAAGUCUGUGACUGGGACAUUUGAAGAGUUUCGGGAUCAGCUCUUUGAAGCCUACCCUCUACUAAUAAAUGCUGGUGGGUUUAAAUUGAUGAGAGGUGGUAGAAGCCAAGCAUUGGAAGACAUCCCCAUGCCAGUCUAUGGUUACACAAUCCCUUUUCUCAAGACCCUAAGUUCGCUUCGCAAAGCAAUAGCCUACAUUAUACCAUUGCAAAAGGCCCUCCCUCUCAACUGUGGCAGCCUACCAGUCAUGGCUGAUAUGAAUGUGAUCAAAGAAGUUUGCCAGUCCUGUUCUGCAUCCGUACCCCUGUUUGAAUUACAGAAGCAUAUUCAGCAGUGUGGACGGUACCCAGCUUUUCUAAACUUUUCUAUCCAUUCUUAUCGACCAACAAAUAAAUAAUUUGACUGCCAUAAUCCCAAUUUCAGCAGCGUCCAUUCAACGUUGUUACUUAUACCAGUUGUGAUAUAUGGUGUAUGCAGUAAAAUAUUUGUUUUCAAAUCUUUCAAAGAUUCAUCGUUAUAUUUAAAUUAGCAAUUUAAUUUAUCAGUUGUGUCAUUAAAAUGAGGUGGUUGGGCUUGUGUCAUCUCAAACAGAUAUAACUUUUAAGAUUGGUUUCUUAUUAUAGGGCCAGUUUGCAUGAGGAGUCCAUAAUCCAGUCAAGCCCUAGAGGAAGUUCCUCCUGGCCUUUGAGAGUUGUGUUGAUACAAGACCCUUUUAUGGAAAAAUUCAAUCCGAAUGAUGCUGAGAAGAUGCAAACUGUUAUGGUGUCUCUAUCCCUGAACACCCAACAGUUUGAGGAAGUACUACGUAAAGAGUUCCCUUUCCUUGGGAGUUCACCAUUUGAACUCUGUAGACUGGGGAAAAACAGACUGUUGCAUCCCCUGUCCUGCCCAAUUAAAACACCAUCUGCCAUCCGAGCCAGUGGGGAGCUUGGCUGAUCCGCUCUUUAUAUCAGGCCCCAGGUAUUUGUCCACUAAGUAGUACAGUACAUUUGUGAAACUUUACAUCUUGUAUAAAUAAUAAGUGUUUGCAUAUAUACAGGUCAGGCUUAACACAUGUUUAUUUGUUUCCUGUCAUUUCAGUUGGACUUGGACAUUUUUGCUGAGACUUCAGAGGAAAAUUACUCUGAUGGUGGGUCUCCCACUCCUGCUGUCAUUAGAUCAGCCCACCCCUCCCCUUGCCACCAAGGGACUCCCAGUGUCGUAAUCGAGGUAUCACAUGCCUGGCCUUUGCCUCCUGUCUCUCCACCUUCUAUGAAUCCAGCCUGCCCUCCUUGCCAGCAAACCACGGCAACGACUAACAUCAGCCCAGCCUGCCCUCCUUGCCAGCAAACCACACCAACGUCCAACAUCAGCCCAACCUGCCCUCCUUGCCAUCAAACCACGGCAACGCCUAACAUCAGCCCAGCCUGCUCCCCUUGCUGGCGAUCCACGCCGCCUCACAGCCCAGCCUGCCCUCCUUGCCAGCAAACCACGGCAAUGCCUAACAUCAGCCCAGCCUGCCCUCCUUGCCAGCAAACCACGGCAACACCUAACAUCAGCCCAGCCUGCUCCCCUUGCUGGCGAUACACGCCGCCUCCUAACAGCCCAGCCUGCCCACCUUGUCAGGCAGCAACUCCAGCCUCGUCACCUCAUUCAGCCUCAUCAGAUAUAACAUGGUCUCCACCAAAUGAGACAUUUGAAGAAAUAAUUUUAGAUGAGACCUCAUUUGUUGGCGUUAAUGAAGCAGACUUGGAAGAUUCACCAGAUCGUCUUGAAAGCCUGGUUAAAGCGUUACAGAACAGGUUGCCUGAACUUCCACCACCACGGAGCAACACAAUUAAUGUUGUUAGGGAUGAUGUAUUUAAUUGUGCAGAAAGGGCCUUUAAACGACAAAGGUUCAACCCGGAAGCCCCCAUUUAUGUUGUCUUUGUUGACAAUGAUGGGUCAGUGGAGGGGGCUGUAGACCAAGGUGGGCCAAGGCGGGAGUUCCUCAGACUUUUGACAAGAGACAUACAACACAGCCGAAUCUUUGAGGGACCAGAGGAGUCGAGAUCACGUGCGCUUGAUGGCGGUGCACUACAAGAUGGCCUAUACAGAACUAUUGGCAGGAUGCUGGCUGUGGCUUUCAUCCAGGGGGGCUUGCCUGUUCAUUUUUUUUCUGAUAGACUUUAUAGUCAAAUUAGUGGACUACCAUCCCCAAAAUACAGAGUAGAAGAUGUAGUGGAUUAUGACAUUAGAUCAAUAUUGGAGAAGAUAAGUACGGCUGGAACCGUGGAGGCUGCAAGGUUGGAGGUGAUGGCUGCAGCAGAGACCCUGGGUGUGAUGGGCGCGCUGAAGUUCAUUAAUAACCUUGAGGACCGAGAUGUCGUUGUCCAAAUUGCCCUUCAGUUUUAUUUAGAAGACCGACUUGCCCAGGCUCUUACACAGUUUAAGGAGGGCCUUUUGACAUUGGGGCUCCUUGAUGAGGUGAUGUGCAACCCAAGAGCCUUCCAAAGAGCCUUUACACAACCUCCACUCCCACUGACAGCCACCGACCUGGCCAACCUCUUCACCCCAACGCUGUCUCCAGUGGGCAGCAACAGAAGAAGAUUAGAGAACCGCACUAUUGCCCACUGGAGGGAUUGGUUGUUGGAAGUGGAAGAAGGUAACAUGGACCAUGUUCAAGUAGAGGAUGUACUCGUCUUCUGCAGUGGAGCCUCCCGAGUGCCACUUUCUGGCUUCCCGGAGCCACCAAUGCUGGACUUUUUCCUUGUUACAGACUCCAACAGUUUACCUCUUGCAAACACGUGUUCAGUCACACUAAGGCUACCUCUGCAUUCUAAUUAUCCUGAUUUUUCAAGGCCAAUCCAGCUGGCUGUGGCUUGGUCAGGGGUAUUUGGCUUUGCAUAAGGGAGGGAGGAGGGGGGGAUUGACUCCCACAAUUUUUCUUUUCUGAAAGUGUGUGUUUGAGGUUAUGUAUAGUUUAGGUCUACCUUUUUCACAGGUCCCUUGAGGAAGACUUCCGUUUUGGCCUGGAUGAAGAAAAAACCUUCAAGUUUUGAGUCAUUUUGUCAGUCUGGCUGUGGCAAAUGUGGAGUGAAGAAGUUUGUGUUCUCUGGUUUACCGCUGGCCCACUGUGUGUACCAGGCAUUCUGUGUGGAAUGGGGAGGGUGGAGGGCUGACUCCCAAGGUCUUUUUUCUUUUUUGUAAUUAAAGAACCAGGUGUUAAUAAUUAAUGUAAAUGUGAAGUAGUUUGUGUACUCUGAUUUACCACUGACCCAUUGUGUACCAGGCAUUCUAUGUGGAAUGGGAAGGAUGGAGGGCUGACUCCCAAUGUCUUUUUUUUUUUUUUUUUUUUUGUAAUUGUAAUGUAUGGGUGAUUUAUUGGCCAGGUUUGUAUUGGUCUCUGCCCUGCAAAAUAAAAAUGCAACUUCU